AUGGCCAAGAAGCCUUGGAGCGCGCUUCCAUUUGCCUCAUCAAUGCCUCAGCGCUGGGCACCGAGCUUCUCAAGAAUCUUGUCCUUCCAGGCAUUGGCUCCUUCACCAUCCUGGACCCAGCAACGGUACAAUCUUCAGACCUCGGAUCCAACCCUUAUUGGCGAACUGAACCGCGAAGUGCGCGGAAAUCAUCGCGAAGAAAGCGUUGAACACUUGGUUGACAAUGAUCCCGACUUUUUUCGGGCCUUUUCCGUGGUUGUGGCCACUCAAAUGCCUUUUGCCCAACUGGCCUCACUCGCCCGGCUGCUGUGGAAGCUCAAGAUCCCCUUGCUGGUUGGGCGGGUGUACGGUCUGUUUGGAUACCUACGACUGGCCGUGCCUGAGCACACCGUGAUCGAGUCCCACCCAGACGAUGCUUUACAUGACCUGCGUCUGCUGCACCCCUUUCCCGCACUGGCCUCCUUUGCCAAGUCCAUCGACCUCGAGCAUUCGCAUGUUCCCUACCCCAUCCUCAUCUUAAAGUGUCUCCAGCAGUGGCAGGCCGACCAUGAGGGAGCACUGCCCAGUUCCUAUGCCCAACGCAAAGAAGUCAAGGCGCUUCUGGAACAAGCGCGACGACAACGCGCAGAUGGACUUGGUCCCGAAUCACAGACCAAUUUUGACGAAGCCAUCCAAGCCUGCAACACGGCACUCCUUCCCAGCGACAUUCCCUCGGACGUGGCUGCCAUCAUGGAUCACCCAGCAGCGUCCACCUGUGACACGACGACGUCAACAUUUUGGAUCUUGGUGCGUGCUUUGAAGCGUUUCGUCAACACACAUGGUUCCUUGCCGCUACGAGGCUCUCUUCCCGAUAUUGAGACCGACACAGCCUCAUACGUGCGCUUGCAAGAGGCCUACAAGGCCCAAGCUGAGGCCGAUAGGAUAGAGAUUGCAAAUUACGUGGCCGAGGAUCUCAAGAUGGUGGGCCGGCCAACCACGGCCGUUCCUGAGGACACCAUCAAGCUCUUUUGCAAAAAUGCAGCCUUUCUGGCCGCCCUGACUUGUCGUUCACUGGAAGAUGAAGCCCAAGCGCCCGAAUCAAGCUUGCUCGAUCGUCAAUUGGAGGAGCCCGAUAAUCAUGCAUUGUUCUACGUCUCGCUGCUGGCAGCAGAUGACUUUUACUUUGGUCAUGGCGCUUAUCCGGGGACUCUGGCUUCGGAUUUUACAGACGAUAUCUUGGAUCUGACCAACAGUGCACAGGGAGUCCUCACGCGGCUGGGUCUCUCCGCCACUGUCAAGGAUGACUUUAUUCACGAGUUCUGCCGUUAUGGUGCUGCAGAGCUACACACGAUCAGCGCCUACCUGGGUGGCAUUGCCGCCCAAGAGGUCAUCAAGUUGGUGACGCACCAAUACGUGCCAUUCAAUAACACGCUCCUGUACGACGGCAUGACCGGCCAGACGCGCUGCUACGUUCUGUAG